UUCUGGGAAUCAAACAACGCAUUCAAUCCAGCUCGUGCUGUGGACCCUUUUUUGACGCUAUGGAUUUCCCGAUCUUUCUCUGAGGUCGAUCGACCUUCCUUGCACCUCAAGCCCCACCACCAUGUCUCAGGACUCUGACAUGCGAGCCGUUGUGAAGGGUUUUUCAGCUCAGUUACGGCUCAGAAUUCUUCGAGCAUGGACGACGAAUCCCACACCGGACGACGAAUACGCAUACUGUCGAACGAAGGGUCGUUGGACCCCUUGCUCACGCUGCGUCUCUAUGGAGAGCGUCUGCGUUGCCUAUAAUAUUGGCUGUUCUAACUGCAACUUUAGUAAAGUUGUUUGCAGUCGUUUUCGCGACGAGAAAUACCACCGCAUCCAACAGUUUAUUGCCAUGGACAGUACAUCGAUGCCUGCUGUAGUACAGGCAUGUCUGGACCUCCAUCGUCAGGACUUGGUGCCUGCGGUGGUGAGGGAGGGACUGGGGCUCUCGGAAAAUACCUUACAUGGACACAACAAUUCACCUGCUGAAACGAGUCUGUCAGUCAGCCUACCCAGCUUCCAGGAGUCUUUUCCUUCGCAUCUUUUUCCAUCGAUCGAUCCACACGCGGAGAUAGAGACCGGCAGCACCGCCAGAAUGGUUCAGGCAUUGCGUCAACGAAACGAAUAUUUGCACAGAGAGAAUGAGCGACUCAAAAAAAGGCUUCGUCUCGAAGUGGAGGACCAAGAGCCAAAUGGUACGGCUUCUGUUUCAUGAGAUUUCCGCUCAUGCCUUCAGCACGCAUAACAGAUUUCAAGUUGUCUUAUUACUCC